ACGAACCGGAGCCCGACAACGCGGAACCAGAGCCCGAAGCCAGAGGCGACCGGAGAUCGAGACCCGGAGCCCGGUCAAGGACCAGGAGCCAAAGGCGCAACCGGCACGGGGAAAGAGGGGGAUCCCAGGUGACGUUCCAAGACUUUUCAUUGCCCUCGACGGAGCUGAGCCACCGCCAACAGCGUCCCUUCACCAGCAACGCCAUGACGUGUCGUGACAGAACGCAGGAGUUCAUGGCCACCUGCAAGUCCAUGCAAACGAGACAGAACGGCAUCCAGGUGAACAGGCCGCUGGCCAAUGCUGUGCGGCAGAGAAGCGAGUUCACCCUAAUGGCCAAGAGGAUAGGCAAAGAUCUGAGCAGUACAUUUGCCAAACUGGAGAAGCUGACUUUGCUCGCGAAGAGGAGGUCCCUGUUUGAUGACAAAGCAGUGGAGAUCGAGGAGCUGACAUACAUCAUCAAGCAGGACAUAAACAGUCUGAACAAGCAGAUCGCACAGCUGCAGGAGUUUGUGCGCGCCAAGGGGACGCAGAAUGGACGACAUAUGCAAACGCACUCCAGCACCGUCGUGGUGUCAUUGCAGUCCAGGCUGGCGUCCAUGUCGAAUGAGUUCAAGAACGUGCUGGAAGUCAGGACAGAGAACCUCAAGCAGCAGCGGAGUCGACGGGAGCAGUUCUCUCAAACCACCAUCUCCACGCUGCCCCCACCCAUCGCUAAUGGCCAUGCGGGGUCGGUGCUGAUGCAGGACGGCGCGCGCGGUGCAGCUGGGGGGGGCGAUGUGGCCAUCAACAUGGACGCGCGGCAGCAGCAGCAGCUGCAGCUGGUGGAUGAGCAGGACUCCUACAUCCAGAGCCGCGCGGAUGCCAUGCAGAACAUCGAGUCGACUAUUGUGGAGCUGGGCACCAUCUUCCAACAGCUGGCACACAUGGUUAAAGAGCAGGAGGAGCAGAUACAGAGGAUUGACUCCAACGUGGAGGACACACAGCUGAAUGUUGAGGCCGCUCACUCCGAGAUUCUCAAAUACUUCCAGUCCGUCACCUCCAACCGCUGGCUCAUGGUCAAGGUCUUCUUUAUCCUCAUCGUCUUCUUCAUUAUCUUCGUUGUCUUUCUGGCAUAGGAUGGGUCCCGGGAGGCACCCACCAGCUUCUUCUGGUUCCUUACGGCCUCACCGAUCCCCCCAGCAUUCGCGUUGCCACGCCAUCUCCUCCUCUCCCCUGCGCCAUGUUUUGUGCCCUUGGGUUUGUGGGAGUGAGCGACUGUCAAACAUCUCUCCCUGUUGGAAUGUAAACAAAGCCACAGCACGAGGGGUAGAGGCCACCCAACACCCCCCCACGUGGAUGGUCUCUGUAGCUUCUGGGCCGUGUUGGCUUCUCUCCUGUGGGUGGAGUUAUUAUUCCCGGUGGUUCCACAGCCAGGAUGCCUCGUUAAGCGAUGAGCAAAGUAUUCAGGCGUUGGGGAAGCAUUGACGAGAAGAGUGGCCGUGCGGUGGCGCUCGGUGAAAGCACUUUGUACUCACGCCUGGAUGAGUGUGUACAGUUCUGAGCAGAGCUUGGAUCACGUGUGCUCGCAUAAGGGUAUGUCAUUAGGGUAGGAUUUUUAGGGUUCUCCACACGUCUCGUGUAAGCUGAGCUCAUUAGGACAGGCAUCUUAGUUUUCUUAGGGUUCAGAGCAAAGGUGGUGGUUACCUCUCCGCUCCUUGGGUCCCAUGAAGCCGUAAACCCAGGGGCAGGCCUGGCAACAGUUUUUCUUAGUCCCGACUUGUAAAAAGGAGUAAAUAAAUGAACGUUGUGUAUGUGAGCGCAGAAAUAUACGUACUUUAGGUGUGUGUGUGUUUGGAGACCACGCUGGCUUUACGGGAGCAGCUGUAGCAUUAGGCCUGGUCCAAGGGGGUGGUCACCACUGUCCCCUGAAUGAUCAUGAGUCCUGUGUCCAGCUCCCACUCAAGUCACUCUUUGUUCAUCUGCAUCUCUCAGUGUACAUUUCCGUCAGGAGGGUGAGCACCCUCGUCAUUACAGUGCGAGGCUGGGUUACAGAUACAAUGGGCUGGGUUGAGGGCUGUUGCUCUAAGACUGCAUAAAAUACUUUACGUGGAAAUGAUAUUGUUAUAUUAUCUGGGAUAAAAACUCAGAAAAUGUCACGCAAGAUGAUUUAUGCAGCUGACCAGCAGCCAUCUGACUGCGGCCGCACAGAUCUUGUGCUGGUUUGGCCUGUCCGGCCGGGUCGGACCGUGCUACACGCGCUCUGCUCCGUUGUAAAUAGCGAUCGGUAAAGGCGCACUGUGCCCGGCGUGGGAGUGAAGCGAGCGUUGGCUCUGCAGACCUGCAGUGUGCGUGGUUACGUGCUUGCUCGGAAAUCCACACACGCUCGCACACUCGCACACUUGCACACACGUACAUUCACACACGCUCGCGCAUGUACACUAAUAUUUUCUCAAGUUUCUGUAUUAAUAAACUCUUUACUGUU